AUGAUCCCUUUUCUUCUUUUUUGCCUCUUUGGUGUGUGUCUUCCGUAUAUCGACCGAUGGCUGAUAAACAAUGACGUUUCAAAAAAAUAUUCGGAUUUGCGCGUUUCCGGGCAGCUAGAGAUUUCUCACUUCUUCUUUAAAUUCACGACAGAGAGAUUCAAUCGAAGAUUAGCUUCUCUUGGACACCGAUUUUCGAACUUUUCCAGCCUUUUCUACAGAAUUGGAACAUGUUUCGUUCUACUGUUGUCUCUUGCUGCUAUACCGUUUCUUUGGUUUCAGAUCUUCAAAACGCUCUCUUCUUCCUCUACUUCUACCCCUGAUACAGAACUUAUCGUCCCAGGCGUGAAUCGUCCCCUCUCUCACAUCAUCCACGUCCUCUUCGCCAUCAUAAUCUCCGUCGUCCUUCACGAAAUCGGCCACGCUUUAGCUUGUAUCGCAGAAGGCGGCUCAAUCAAUCAUGUUGGAGUUCUUUCUUUCGCAGUUCUCCCAGGCGCCUUCGUCAGCAUGGAUUUGGAGCGAGUUCCGAACUGGGGACGAGUCAGAAUCUUCUGCGCUGGGAUUUGGCACAAUCUUCUCAUCUGCGCUUUUUGCCUUUUGCUGAGGCAUGAAGAAAUGAAUUUGACGAACGUUCUUUUUGAAAAAGAUCAAGGAUUGUCCGUGACCUACAUUGACAGUAGCUCUUCAAUUUCAGGCUCUUAUGGGCUGAAACGCGGAGAUAUAAUUAUCGCUGCAAAUGAAUACUCCUUCUCCGACCUUUCUUUCGCCGAGACAAUGGUCAAAAUCCGCAAUUCCACCCAAACAGGGUUCUGCGAAAACGUCGAGAAGCUCGAAUCGCCUUCUUCGCAAGAUUGCUGUCACGAAGAUAGUUUGACUGAUUUGUGCUUCCGCGGAGAGGGUUUUCAAGUCUGCUUGCAUGCCAGAAGCGUGUUUGAGUCGUCACAGUCGUUUUGCCAUUCUGAUGAAGAUUGUGGGAGUGGAUUUUCAUGCCUUGUUCCAAAAGUCAACGAAGAACUCCACGAGCGACUGAUCGUCAUCGAACGAAACACCCACCAACACACCGUUCUGUUCGUUGGAGACCCUUUUGAACUCGUCAAAUCUGUUUCAAUUUCCUCCCUCGUGCCCAAAUACUUCAUCUCCGCUGCCUUCGCCGAGUUCCAAAUCAAGCUGCUAGAAUACAUCUUCAAUAUUUCACUCGCGCUCGCCUUCUUCAAUUCACUUCCUUCCAUCGCUUUAGACGGAAACCUGAUUGUUUCGUCCUUGGUGGAUAUUUUUCUUCCGCUUGAAAUACAGAAAGAUAAAAACCUUCUUCUUCGAAUCGUCAUUGUCACGAUUGGAACAUUUUCACUCGGAAUAUUCAAUCCUCAAGUCCAACGCAACCUCGCCGCCCCUGGAACUGUUUUCAUUUCUUCAAUCCGCGAACCCUACAGCCUCUUUCUCUCUACAUUCAACUUUUUCUACUACCGAAACGAGACCAAUCGCUGCAAUACAGAGUGUCUUGGUGAGCCCUUCAAGACCUUUUUCGACGGAGAAACGGGUCGACUGCCGGACGAACUAUUCGAUAUUCUGGAAGAGAAGUUCUCGGACGAUAUUCCCUGGAGUUUCCGUUGUAAAAACUAUCAAUCUUUCGAGCUUGGCUUCGAAAAUGGCGACGAUCCGGACGAAUUUGUCGCGCAGACAGCAAGUCACAUCGAUUUUAUGAUUGUAACUGAGUACAUCAACGAAAGCCUUGUUCUCCUCGCCGAUUUUUUAAAUAUGCCGCUAGAACUAGCCUUUUUCAUCACGAAGAAAAACGCAACCGACUACCCAAAACCAACCCUCUCACCGAAGCAGCAAAGAGUCUUCGAGAAAUUCUUCAGUGUUGACAGAAAGCUUUACGAUUUCUAUCACGCUGAGAUUUUGAGAAAAAUAGAAGAGUUUGGGAAAGAAAGAAUGGAGCUGGCGCUGCGCCAGUUGAAAGAAAUUCAGAAAAGAGAUUCUGUCAGGUCUUCUGGAGAGUUGAUAGCUAGAACUUACGAGAACGCGAAAUCAAGCCUCUGUUCUUCUGGAAAAGCCGCUUCUGUCGAUGAUGCAGCUAUUGUAUUUGCCGAUAAUGACCGAUCCUCCGAAAUGCUAGAAAAAAGGGUUGAACGGCUUGAAACCCUUAUUCGAAAUCGCCCAAAAGCAACACCUAAGCCAAAACGACCGACAAAGCGGGCUCUUUUGGAAGAAAUAAAGACUGGAAUCGAAGAAUUGACUAAAGAAAUAAAAGAAUCGAAGGCACCAGCGGCUCAAAAAAGCGCCCAAAACCCAACUGGUCGAGGAACAACACCAAGAAGAACUCGUGGACCACCAAGCCGCGGCAGACCACCAUCAAGCACGUCAAAAUACUGA